AUGGUCAAGCAAGCCCUCACCAUCACAUCACCACCCCCACCAUCACCACCCGCUACACCCCCACCAUCACCACCCCCUACACCCCACCAUCCCACCCCCUACACCCCCACCAACCACCCCCUACACCCCUACCAUCCACCCCCUACAUCCUCACCAUCACCACCCCUACACCCCCACCAUCACCACCCCCUACUCCCCCACCAUCCCCAUCACCACCCCCCCAUACACCCCUACCACCACCUCCACCCCUACACCCCACCAUCACCACCCCCCCUACACCCCCCCAUCACCACCCCCUACACCCCCACCAUUACCACCCCCUACACACCUACCAUCACCACCCCCUACAUUUCCUCACCAUCACCAUCACCACCCCUACACCCCCACCAUCACCACCCCCUACACCCUACCAUCCCACCCCUACACCUCACCAUUCACCACCCCCUAACCCCCACCAUCACCACCCCUACACACCCCACCAUCACCCACCCUACACAACCCACCAUCACCACCUACACCCCCACCAUCACCACCACCCUACCCCCCAUCACCACCCCCUACACACCCUCCAUCACCACCCCUACACCCCCACCAUCACCACACCCCACCUCCUAA